AUGAUGAAAAACACCAUCUUGACGGUGUUUCUUUCUCUUGUAUCUGUGGGUACAGCAUUUUACGCUUUAGCGUACCCUGCAUGGUUUCAACAACAUUAUCGUCGAGAUGGUCACGAUGUCUAUCAAGGCUUUGGACUCUUUGCCUUUUAUUCGACAAAUCGCUUAAGUUCACCAUUCUACGCUUCAGCCACGGUCUUACAAUAUUCCGACUUUUGUGUCGAUAAUUAUACGAUUCCUAAUUACAUGCUUGGGGAUGGUGUGGACUUUCAUCGUGUUUUAUGUGGAAAACGAAUGACAUCAGUACAAGCUACAACAGCUACGGGGGCUGCUAUCUCUGUCUUGGGUUUACUUACUUCCAUUGGAGCAGUAUAUAACCCUUCUGCGGGGUACAUGGAACGUGUUGUAUCCUUUUGUACCCUUGUUGGAUCAUUACUACUUGCUGUGUCAUUAGUAAUUUGGGGUGCUUUACUACAACAAACAUUAUAUGAAAUUGAUGCAAUAAAUUCGGCGUAUUCAAGUUGUAAAGCAGACAAUACCCAAUGGCGUUGCUGGUUCUAUGGAUAUAGUUUCUGGGUGUGUUUAGCCUCGGUAAUUAUCUUGUCAAUUACGGGAUAUUUAAGUUCUGCUGGGCGAGCUGAAAAAAUUCGAUAUUUUCGAAAAGAAUAUGAACGAGAUUUGGCGAUUGCAAUGCAACAAAGUGCUGAAAUGGACGCACAUGCUCAAUUUGUACGCACGGAAUCAUCGGGUGGAUUUGGAUUAAGUGCUACACAACAAGCAUAUGGACAAGCUCCUACUCCUUCUCAACCGUACAAUCCUAAUACUGGACAUCCAUUUACCACACCACAGAAUUUACAACAGUCGUACACUCAGUUAUAUGGUUAUACCAAUUCAGCAUCCAAACCUACGGGAUAUCAACAACAAGUGAACAAUGUACCACUUGCUGCACCAUCAAGAAGUAAUGUUAGUCGAACGAAUAGCAAUGACAGUGAUGCAGUUUAUCCAAGUUAUAGUGAACGACGUCGAAAUCAUUCGUUAUUGGGUUCUCGACCAAGUGGUGGCGUUGUCUGA